CCGUCGUUCACGCCGCUGCGAGCGCCGCGGGACACGUGCGACUGGGCUGCGCAGCUGGACGGCAGCGCAGUGGUGCAGCAAGACCCGAAGCUGCAGGAGUUUGUGCCGCAGCUGCGGCAGCGCUUCCACACUUUGACGGAGACCUUGGGGGCCCUCGAGGGGGCCUUUGGUUCUCUGCAGGCCUUCGCCAGCGCCCACAGCCUCUUUGGCCUCCAGCGAGUGCAUGCAGACGGAGUGUCCGGCUACACCUACAGAGAGUGGCUGCCGAACGCAAAGGCCGUCUUCCUCUUCGGGGACUUCAACAACUGGGACAGGACCUCUCACCCGCUGCACCGCGAGCGCUGGGGCGUCGCCCCCCACUUCUUCGAGGCCCCCCUGGGGGCCCUCAGGGGUACCAAGGCCGAGGGGCCCCCCGGAGCUGCCGAGGCCCACCUCAGCUCGGUCUGGUCCAUUUUCAUUCCAGACCUCCCAGACGGGACUCCCGCCCUGCGCCACCGCUGCCGCCUGCGGGUGUUGAUAGUGCCCAAAGAAGGGGAGCCCAUCGACAGAGUGCCCAGCUGGUCUCGAGUGGUUUGGCGAAGUGAAGACUCUGGGCUAUUCAACGCAGUGCUGUGGAACCCCCCGGAGGAGGAAAAGUACCAUUUUCGCUUCCCCAGGCCCCGAGUGCCACCCGGUGUAGCCCCCGCCAUUUACGAAGUCCACAUUGGCAGCUCCAGCGGCGAAGAGGGCCGCGUGGGGAACUUCGUGGAGUUCACAGAAACUUUGCUGCCCCGCAUCAAAAAUCUGGGAUACAACACGCUGCUGCUGCUGGACGUGGUGGAGCACGCGGACUUUGCGAGUUUCGGGCUUUACGUGACGAACCACUUCGCAGUGAGCAGCAGGCUGGGCACAGUGGAGGAGUUCAAGGCGCUGGUGGACCGGGCGCAUGCAUUGGGGCUGCGGGUGCUGCUAAGUCUUUGCCACGCGCACUCUUCGAAGAACGUAAUGGAUGGCCUGGGCUGCAUGGACGGUGGUGACAACAACUACUUCGUGAGCGGCCCUUCGGGAGUUGUUGAGGAGGCCAAAGUCUUCGACUUGUCCAAAAUGGAAGUUGUCCGUUUCUUGCUUUCAAACAUCUCUUACUGGAUAACGGAGUUUCAGUGCGUCUAA